CGCUGCCUGUCGGAGCAGAGCGUGGCCAUCUCGCGCUGCGCCGGCGGCCCCGGGGCGCGCCUGCCCGCGCUGCUGGACGAGCCGCAGGUCAACGUGCUGCUCUACGACAUGAACGGCUGCUACUCGCGCCUCAAGGAGCUGGUGCCCACCCUGCCCCAGAACCGCAAGGUGAGCAGGGUGGAGAUCCUCCAGCACGUCAUCGACUACAUCUGGGACCUGGAGUUAGAACUGAACUCGGAAUCUCAAGUCGGGACCCCCGGGGGCCGGGGGCUCCCCGCUCGCGCUCCGCUCAGCACCCUCAACGGCGAGAUCAGCGCCCUGGCGGCCGAGGCGGCGUGUGUUCCCGCGGACGACCGCAUCUUGUGUCGCUGAAGCGCCGAGCUCCAGGGCGCGCGAGGACCGUGCUCGCCGGGCCUCCGAGCGCCUUGCCGCCGCUGGGCAGGGGCCACACUGAGGCAGCGGCCUCUGGGCUCGCGCUGGAUCCAGCCCAGGGCUGGGGGACUGACAGGACAGGCCGACCUUCCCUCCACACCUAUCUGCCACCAGAGACUUGGGGGAGUCCCCCCCCCCGUGUGUUUCUAUUUUUUGAAAAGCAGACAUUUUAAAAAAUGGUCACGUUUGGUGCUUCUCAGAUUUCUGAGGAAAUUAAUUGCUUUGUAUUGUAUAUUACAAUGAUCACCGACUGAGAAUAUUGUUUUACAAUAGUUCUGUGGGUUGUUUGUUUUUUUUCUGUUGUUGUUAUUAAACAAAUACUUUAGAUGGUG